AUGACUCCGAGAAAGAAGCUGUCAACGCGUCGUCCCAAACGGAAGAAGCCCGAACAAGCUGAAGUAUCGGCUGCUCCCAAUUUGACUGCUCACGAUUCGACUGCUCCCGAUGCGACUGCUCUCGAUGCUCCUGAAGUGGGUGUUGGUUCAGGUUUUGCAAUUAUUCCGUAUAUAGGUUAUGCUGCUCCCUUAGAAGAGCGUGAUUCUUGUCCCUUUGAAGAGUUAGGUGUUGUAAGUGGAGAUGAUUGUGAAGUUGUUGGCGACGAAGAUUGUGAUGAUGUUGGGUACGAGGCUGCUGGAGAGGAAGAUGGUAACCAGGAUAAUAUAAACCAAGUCUUUGAAAAAGAAGAUCAAAACCGUCUUGGUGUUGAAGAACAAUUUUACGAGGACUUUGAAGCAGAGUUUGGAGAGGGUGCAAGAGAAGAUGAAGAUGAGACUGAUAACGAUAGUGGAGAUGAUAUCUUCGAUGACGAAAAGAUUCCUGACCCUUUGUCAGAAAGUGAAGAGGAAGAUAAUGGCCAAGGAGAUGAUAAUGAAGACCAUGUAGAAGAAGAAGAUCCUGAAGUACAGCUCGAGUUGGGUUAA